AUGGCAGCACAUUCGACUGUAUAUAGAUUUUCAUCCGCGGAUCAGCCGCCGUUACGUACGAAGGCUAGUAGUCGGUUAGAAGCAAGAUGGAGUCGCUCGGGAUGUCUGACCUGCAAGAAGAGGCGGAAGAAAUGCGAUGAGCAGAAGCCGAGAUGUGGGAAUUGUACCAGACUCGAUCGCGAGUGCGAGGGUUAUGCAAACCUAUGGCAAACCCCUUUUGAGCCAUCGAUAAAGACUUUCCGGCAGGAAUCCUUAAAGCCAAGACGCUCAAAGGACUCUCCAGCGUCCGAUCAGGAUGAUAGCAAAAAUCAGCCAUCGCCGUUGAUACUGUAUCUGCUGGAUGGUUCAGCUGUCUCCCCAGAGCAUCAAGUUAUGUUAGAUUCGGAGUCCACAGCAGACGAUUCCGAGCGGGAUCAGAAAUCUCCUAAUGACUCAACAGCAUUGGUUUUGGCUUCGCGUAGUGAAAAUCCAACCAAUUGCCACUUGACCCAUCACCCUUUUCAACCAGCGUCUUCCUCCGAUCUUUUCUAUCUACAAUAUCAUGCCGAAAGAGGCUUCAAGCUUAUGUCGAAUUUGGAGACUCAACAUAACCCAUUGAAAGAAGUCUUAAUUCCUCGUGCACUAUCUUCGCCGCUUCUUUUAAGUAUAAUUUGCGCUAUGUCUGCAGGACAUAUGGCAAACUGGCCAUCUCCGAAUCAAGAGAAUUUGAGGAAUGCGGAAUUGACAUAUUACGGUCGAACCCUUUCAGGUGUCAGAAAGGCUCUGGCACAAAUAACACAGCAAGACGUAUUGGACACAGCUAGUAUAGAUCUGCUAGAGGAACUCAUUGUCACUCUUGCAUCCUUUUGUAAAUAUGAAGCAGUGCGAGGGGCCGUCAAUUCUUGGAGAGGACAUUUAGAAGCUCUACAAAAGCUUGUGACCUACCGUGGAGGGCUAGCCAGCCUUGAUAUUGAAAUUGCGGAUUGGCUUUCGGGCUUGGUUACUUAUUGGCAACAUAUGGCCAAACUUACAAAUCCGAAACUUGCAUCUGGUUUUAUUCUCUGUGACAGCAUUUAUGAUAGUCCUAAAGUGGAUAUAUAUCUAGGAUGCAACGAGCAACUGGUAAAGAUUUGUUCUCGGAUCUCUGAUCUUCGCUUUUUUGGUCACUCCACAACGGCUCUGGUACAGGAGGUAUCUGAAAUAAACGAAAUACUUGUUAGAUGGUCUUGGGAAAAGCAAGAUUUCAUCAUACCCCCAGGGAUCAGUGAAAUGACGUUCGAACGACUUCGAGUGGUAGCGCAUCAUUUCCACUACGCUGCGUUCAUAUUUCUUCAUUCUAUUAUUGAUAUAAUAGCCCAACCAAACUUAUCAGACCUCGAAGACCCUCAUGCCGACUUCAGUUCCAUGGUACACUCACUCGUCGUAUUUUCCAAGACUGAAGCUUUACAAAAUUUAGUCUCUCUCUUGCGUACCUUGCCCCCAGACAAUCACUCUGAAUUCUCGGCUCUCACUUUCCCUCUAUUCAUUGCUGGCUGCGAGUAUGAAGAAAGAGAUCAGCUGGCUUUGAUUCUUGAUUCACUGCAAACUCUGGAACUGAAUUUCGGUAUCCUCAAUACCAAACGUGCCCAAGAGUUUUUAGUGAACUUGUCGAGAUUACGUGCCAAGGGGAAUUGGAAGCACUGGUUGCACAUUCUAGAAGAUGUGGAUUGGGACUUGAUACUAGUUUAG